AUGGAUACCUUCACCUGCAUGCACUGCCACAUGAUCGCUGCCGAGAGUGUUAUAUACGUGUGUGUUGCCCAUCUCGAUAAAGCGACUACAGAGGAAUUACUUCGUAAGACACUCGCUUGUGCCCAAUGCUUUCUGCAUCACCACUGGAAGUGUUGUGCCAGCAAAAAACCACUCACAUUUGCUGAUUUUGUGAAACAUGCAUCUUCCAAGCGCGCCAUCGAAAAUUUCGAGCAAUGUCAAAAUGCCUUCAAUAACGUGAUCGACGAAUUCAACGAUCUCAAAAAGGGACUGAAUGGAAUUUCUGCGAAUCCGUCUCAAGCGCCGAUCGAUUACGAUGUUCUGUGUCGUGGAUUUCGCGAUGUGAAAAUGACAUUUGAUGAAGCGUGUGUGCGGAUGCUUACGCACAAAAAAAGGAUUCAGAUGAUGCUUCAAGAGAGUGCGCCAAUGAACGAGCAAAAACUGGCUUCCGAGGUGUUUCGGAAACAAGACGUCAAUCACAACACAGUUGAGAGUACGCCAGCCAUACCAAGUCGCUUCUCUCCUCGUGCCGCGGUAGCUGCUAUGAAGAUACGGCAAGCUGAUCCUGAAACACUGAAAAUCACGUUGGACGCCGAAGAAGAAAUCGAAGAAAUCGAGUCGACGAGUAAACAAGCUCCCUCCGGCGCUGGCAAGUUUUCGAACUACUUCCGCAAGCUGCCA